AACAGCAUGGAUACGAACGGGUCCGCGUCGACGCCGAAUGCGACGAUCUCGUUCGGUCCGUUCGCCUCGAGCAGCUACAACAUGCCCCUCGGCGUGGUUUACCUGCACUUUCUUGCCGGUCUGUACAUCCCCGUCUUCCUCGUCCUCUUUGUCCGGCGCCGCAAAUUCCCGUCCGUGCGCCAGACCAACCCCGCCCACGUGGUCGUCAUCAGCACGUUCGGCGGCAUCUACUGCCUUGGCACAGCCGGCGCGCUCCUCGUCUACGACGUGUGGCCCAUCUCGAUUGGUGCAUACGCGCUCGUGACUACCGCGAGCUUUCUCUGGACGAUGUUUGCCGCCUUCUCGUCCGAUGUCGUUCUCGUCUGCACCUACUUUCAGACAAAGUGGACGGUCGAUGUACACGCCAGCAUGAAAACAGGCGUGCCGUCGCACCUCCUCGUCGCGCGGUGCAAGCUCCUUCAGCGCGUCUUGGCUCCCCGUCCGCUCCUCGCUGGGUCGAUUGUGCUGCACGUUGUAUGGACGCUGCCGUUCGUGCUGCACGUACUACUCUCGGCCGACAUGUCAUUCUGGUGCAUUGAGACAUCCUGGUCGACCCCACUGGCGGCGGAACUCGUUCACGUCACCGUGCUCCAGUGCGCGUGUUUACUUGCUGGCACGACGUUCCUUGGGUAUCUCCUCGGCAGAGUCAACGAAGCGUUCGCACUGCGGCGCGUCUACGUCUCCGCCGCCCGCGGGAUCGCCGCGUGCUUUAUCGGGUACCUCGUGACGAUCGUCGUCGUGCCGGCGACAAAGCCGACACUGCGCACAACGAUUGCGUCCAGCAUUACGCACGUGGCCGUCCACGUUGUCGUUGUGCCGCUGCUCGUGCGACCUGUGCUACAGAGUCGACACGAAGCGUGCUUGGCGCUCUCGUCCGCACACUUCAUGGAAAAAGAGUCGUGGGAAGCGAUCAACGCCGAUUUACUGACGCUCUUCCUCGCCACCCCGGACGGGGCCGCCACAUACCUAGCGUUCACGCAAGUCCAGCUUCUCCCGGUGGCGUGGCUUCUUGCGUACCGCGAUAUCAAGUCCCGUUUGGCGACACCCCAAGCGCUCUACAACACAUACCUCCAGAGUGACUCGGUGCUCUGCAUGCGCGCCUUUGUGCCCGAAGCCAUUCGCGGCGAGCUCGAUAUUACGUUUGCCCGCAACGUCAUCUCCUCGAAAAGCGACGACCUCUACGUCAUGUACGACCCGCUCGUGACGCGACUGCUCCGGGCGCUUGUGCUGCACACGCUGCCGCAGCUGCUUCACCAUCCCCUCGGCCACGUAUGGCAUGUGUUUGUAGAGACGUACGGCGGGCAGUACAGCGCCGACGACCUUCUACUCAACGGAGCCGGGCACCUUGGGCCGUUUGGGGUGCGCCGCCCGCUCGGCACCAUCCACAGCCAAGCGACGUAUGUCUCCUCACGCUUCUCGACGCGCCACCAGUCGCGCUACUCGUCGUCCCGCGUCUCCAUGUCCAACUAACGACAAUGGAAAUGCGAUGGAUUAGAGUUGUUG